GAUAAGCUUUCGAUUGCCAAUGACGCCAAAUAUUAUUAAAAUUAUUAAUUACAAGUACUAUAAAUACUACAUUUAUAUUUAAAAGUAUUAAAUUAAUAGAAACAAUUUUUUUUAUUAUGAAAGUCUUGUCUUCGAAAUAAUUACAUUUAUGAAAUUAAAAAUAUGUUUUGUACUUUGUACCCGGUUCAUUCAAAACGAUUUAAAAAUUUCACUGUGAUAAUACAAACCUAUUAUUGGUGAAUUACUUCCAUAAAUGUUAUAACUUAUAAUUUUAAAUUUAUAGUAAUGUUGAAUAAAAAUUAGGUAACAAUUUCUUAAUAAAAUGAACACUUGUGCUUGCAAUUAUAAAUUAAUUAAUAUACUUACUUUAAAUUCAAAGUAUAAUCAAAACACAUUUUUGUCUUCGCACCAUAUUUGGUCCAAGUAUCAACAUGUAAUUCUGCCACGAUCAGUUUCUAAUAGUUCUGUUAGAACUGAGAAAAGCCGUUUAAAACAACUCCUAAUAAGAUCUUUAAAAAUUGCUUCAAUGGCUUUUGGUGUAUCAUUAAUAGCAUUUGGAGGAUAUUCACUAGUGUUUGAAGAUGAUGAAUUAGUUCAAAAAGGAAACAAAAAUAUUCCACUCAUCAUUAAAAUUUAUGAACGGUUAUGUUUUAAAAUAGAAUUUUAUCAUAAGAUGUUUACAAUUCCUGCAACCAAAAAAUUAUUACCCGAUUCAUUACCAGAUUAUUAUGAUAAACCUCAAUAUACACUUGUGUUAGAGAUUACUGAUCUUCUUGUACAUCCAGAGUGGAGUUACAGUACAGGUUGGCGGUUUAAAAAGAGGCCAAAUGUUGAUUAUUUUUUGGAAAGAGUUGGAAAGAUUUUUGAAGUAGUUGUUUACACAGCUGAAAAUGGUUAUAUUGCUUCUCCGAUAUUAGAUGAAAUUGAUCCUAAAGGUUGGAUUCAGUAUCGCUUGUCACGUCAAUGUACUGAAUUUCGAAAUGGUCAAUUAGUAAAAAAUAUUGAAAGAAUUAAUCGUGAUUUAUCAAAAGUCAUUGUAAUAGAUUGGAAUACAAGUUGGACACAACUUCAUCCUUAUAACACUCUAAUUAUACCUAGAUGGAAUGGUGAUGAAAAUGACAACUCGCUUAUUGACCUUGCAGACUUCUUAAAAGUGAUAUUUGAAAAAGAAGAAAAAGAUGCAAGAGACAUUUUAAACAGAUAUAAAAAAUAUGAUGAUCCUAUAAAGGCAUUCCGAGAAGAUCAAAGAAUAUUAAAGGAAGAAACCAAGGAUGAAGAAGAAAAAGAACAGGAAAUAAAUAAAAUAGAAGAUAAUAAUAAAUCAUGGUUUUCAUGGAUAUCGUGGAUUUAUUGAAUAAAGAUUUAAUAUAUAUAUAUCAAAAACACACAAUACAAUUUUUUGUACACAAUGUAUGCUUUGUGUGUAUGUUAAUAAGCACGUUGCAUACCUUAUAACAUGUGGAUUUUAAUAAUUGAACAGAAAUCAAAAAUUAAUUUGAUUUUAACCAUAAUAUUGAUCAUAUAUUUUUGUAUCUUUAUUUUUAUUCUCAACUAAUAUAUUUAAUAUACAUAUUUAUUUAUAUACGUAAUAUAAGCUAGUAUUACAAAUAAUUUAAAUUGUAUUCUAUAUUAUAUUUUGCUUUAACUUGCACAUACUCAAAAUACAUAAUCAGAUGUUGGUACUGCAUCAUUUACUAAUUUUGUAUAAUAUUUAUAUAUCGUUAUUAAUAGUUGAUUUCUUGUCAUGGUUUAAAUUCUUAAUAUUCUGGAUACUUUAUAUGUAUUAUUACAGACUAUGAUAUUCUACUAAAAUUCUAUUAAAGCUCUUACAAUAUUAUAAGUAUAAACAUACACACAUUA